AUGGGCUCCCCCGCGCCCCCUCACAACCACGAGCUCCCGCUUGAGACCGAGACCGAGAGCGACAACGCAGGGUACUAUGCUGAGCAGGAGGCCGCGCCUGCAGCCGAGCAAGAGCUGCUGUACGAGCCCGAGGCUCCCUCGACCCCGAUACCCCCGGUCGCCCCGCUGACCUUGUCGCCCGCCGCGGCGACGCGCACCGUCGCCAUCAUCAAGCCGCACGCGCUCCCGCACCGCUUCGACAUCGAGCACAGGAUAUCUGAGGCUGGCUUCGAGAUCGUGAAGGAACGGCAGAUGGAGUUCGAUGUGGAGACGGACCCGGAGACAAUGUACGACCUCUUCGGAGACGACUACGAGUGUUUCGCCGAGGGCCCCGUCUGGGUGUACGUCCUCGAGCGUCGUCGCGCCGUCGAGGUCUGGGCGACGCUCAUGGGGCACCCCGACCCCGCCGUCGCGCGCGAGGAGACGCCCAACGCCCUCCGCGCGCUCUACGGCACGUCCGUCCUGCAGAACGCCGUCAUGGGCUCGCCCGACUCGCCCACCGCGGAGUUCCAGAUCUCCGCCAUCUUCGCGUCCUCGCCGCCCUUCCCGACGACGGACCUCCCCGACGUCGGCAGCGCGGGCCUCACAAGCGGCUCGGUGCGCUCCAUGUCGUCCUCGGUCCUCUCCGCCCUGCGCAGGACGGGCUCCAGCGGCGACAGCGGGAAGUCCCCGUUCAAGGCGCGCAAGCUGCCCGCGACGCAUGCAGCGCCGGAUAUCGUCCCUCGUAUGUCGCGCGCCGCUUCGUUGCGCGCUGGAAUCCCCGUGGAGAAGACCAGUGGCCCCCGCGGCCCCAUCAGCAAGGAGAGGCUCGCGCAGACGUUCGAGAACGUGCCCGGCCACAAGCGGUCCUCGACGAUCACAGUUGCGAGCACCGCGCCUCCCACUGUCGCGCCCCGCAUGACGCGGGCCGCCGCGCUCCGCCUCGGCCUUCCCCCGCCUGAGAAGGAGACCCGGAGGCAGUCCCUGCAGCUCACGUCGAGUGGCAAGGUGAAGGGCCCGGAGGAGCCGAAGGCGACGUUCGACGGCGUGCCGGGCCACAAGCGCAGGGAAACGAUCACCGUCGCGAGCGUCAAGGCCCCGACCGUCAUGCCGCGCACGAACAAGAGCGCGAGUCUGCGCCAGCAGAAGGACGCCGCGCCGCCGACGUCGUACAUGUUCCGCGCCCCCUCGGGCCAGACGCCCUCCAGAUCCUCGUCGCGCACGUCCUUCAACGGGACGGGCUCCGCGCGCCCGACCAUCUCGCGCCCGCCCUCGGCCGCGUCCGUCCAGCUGACGCCCUCCCGCCCGAUGACGUCCCGCGUCACAUCCGCGUCCUCCGUCAAGACUACCACCACCACGACCUCCCAGCGCCCCUCCUCGCGGCCGGCCACUUCCGCCGGCAUCAAGCGCGCGCCGUCCGUGUCCGCCACGAGCACGAGCAACGGCGGUGGCGCCGCGAAGGACAAGGAAGCCGCGAAGCCCCGCCCGCGCCCGAGCAGCGUACAGGCCCCGACGAUCGCCCCGCGGACGAACAAGAGCGCGCUGCUCCGCGCGCAGAAGAUGGCGGCGGCGGCGGUGACGGCGGUGACGCCCGGAGGCAAGAAGGGCGUCGCUGCCACUCCGAGGGCAGUCCGGGUGUAG